GUUCCGCUGACUCAUAUCAGCAAGGGCUGUUUCACACAGUAUGAUGCAACUCCUCAGUCACGGAAGCCUUCUGUGCACGUUGAGGUGACCAGGUGGCGGGGGUGCAGAGUAGAUGUCCUCGGAGGUGAUCAGGGCGACCGCAGGGAUGGUACUAGCAGAGCUGUAUGUCUCUGAUCGAGAAGGAAAUGAUGCAACAGGAGAUGGAACUAAGGAGAAACCAUUUAAAACAGGCCUAAAGGCUUUGAUGACAGUUGGAAAAGAGCCAUUUCCCACCAUUUAUGUGGAUUCACAAAAGGAAAAUGAGAGGUGGGAUGUCAUUUCUAAGUCCCAGAUGAAGAACAUUAAAAAGAUGUGGCACAGAGAGCAGAUGAAGAAUGAUUCUCGGGAGAAGAAAGAGGCAGAAGAUAACUUACGGAGAGAAAAGAACCUGGAGGAAGCAAAGAAAAUUAUCAUUAAAAACGACCCAAGCCUCCCAGAGCCAGCAUGUGUAAAGAUUUGUGCAUUAGAAGGAUAUAGAGGUCAAAGAGUGAAGGUGUUUGGCUGGGUCCACAGGUUACUCAGGGAGGGAAAGAAUUUGAUGUUUCUGGUGUUGCGAGAUGGUACAGGCUAUCUUCAGUGUGUCUUGUCAGAUGACUUGUGUCAGUGUUACAAUGGAGUAGUCUUGUCCACCGAGAGCAGUGUGGCAGUAUAUGGAACACUAAACCUAACUCCAAAAGGCAAACAGGCUCCGGGAGGCCAUGAGCUGAGCUGUGACUUCUGGGAGCUGGUGGGGCUGGCCCCAGCUGGGGGGGCUGAUAACCUGAUCAAUGAGGAGUCUGACGUAGACGUCCAGCUCAACAACCGGCACAUGAUGAUCCGAGGAGAGAACAUGUCCAAAAUCUUGAAAGCACGCUCCAUGAUCACCAGGUGCUUCAGGGAUCACUUCUUCGACAGAGGCUACUGUGAAGUUACUACUCCAACACUGGUGCAGACGCAGGUGGAAGGUGGGGCCACACUCUUCAAGCUUGACUAUUUUGGAGAAGAAGCGUUUUUAACCCAGUCCUCGCAGCUGUACCUGGAGACCUGCCUUCCGGCCCUGGGGGAUGUUUUCUGUAUUGCCCAGUCAUACAGGGCUGAACAGUCCAGAACACGAAGGCACCUGGCUGAAUUCACUCAUGUGGAAGCUGAGUGUCCCUUCCUGACCUUUGAGGACCUCCUGAACCGUUUAGAGGACCUAGUGUGUGAUGUGGUGGACAGAGUCUUGAAGUCACCAGUGGCAAGCAUAGUGUAUGACCUCAACCCGAACUUUAAACCCCCUAAACGGCCUUUCAGGCGGAUGAACUAUUCAGAUGCUAUCGAGUGGCUGAGGGAGCACGAUGUAAAGAAAGAAGACGGGACACUCUAUGAAUUUGGAGAUGAUAUUCCCGAAGCUCCUGAAAGACUGAUGACAGACACCAUUAAUGAACCAAUCCUGCUGUGUCGGUUUCCUGUGGAGAUCAAGUCCUUCUAUAUGCAGCGAUGUCCUGAGGAUCCUCGACUUACUGAAUCUGUUGACGUGUUGAUGCCCAAUGUUGGUGAGAUUGUGGGUGGCUCUAUGCGCUCUUGGGAUAGUGAAGAAAUUCUAGAAGGCUAUAAAAGGGAAGGAAUUGACCCUGCUCCUUAUUAUUGGUAUACAGAUCAGAGAAAAUAUGGUACAUGUCCUCAUGGAGGCUAUGGCUUGGGCUUGGAAAGAUUCCUAAGUUGGAUUCUGAACAGGUAUCAUAUCCGAGAUGUGUGCUUGUACCCUCGAUUCGUCCAGCGCUGCAGGCCAUAACCAAGUGCCCUGAAGCAUGAAGGAAGGGAAAAUGUUCAUGAGAUAAGACUGCCUCUGCAAAAGAACAAAAAUCUGAAACCAUCUCUUGAUGUCCCUUUGGGUGUAGUAGCUUUUUUUCUGUCUAUAUGUUUUUCUUCCCAUUACUAUAAAAAGCAGUAGGUGUGACUUGAACAUCAAGUGACAUCGAUGCCCCUUUAACAAAAAUACUCAUAACAAAAUUUGAAGAAAAUACAUGGCAUGUCACUCUUUAGUUGGGGAGACAUUUUAUCGUACUGUAGGUUACAAUCACUGUAUUAAAUAAAUGAUAAAUGCUUAUAUAGUUUUUA